CCCGUUUCUUUUCAUCAUGGCGGCGGCGGCGGCUCCGGCUCCUUCAACGGCUCCGGGUGGCCGCAGCCGGGCCCGGGGCCUGGGGCUGCGGCCUCGGUAGCCGGUAGCGGGACGGCGGCGGCGGCGGCGAACGGGGCGGCGAAGAGCGGGGAGGAGCGGCUGAAGGAGAUGGAGGCCGAAAUGGCGCUGUUCGAGCAGGAGGUGCUGGGGGCCCCCACCCCCGCCCCCGCCCCGCCCCCCGCCGGGGAGCCGGGGGCCUUGGCCGGGCCCCCCGCCCCCCCCGUCACCCCCGUGCUGCGCCCCAUCAUCGCCACCAACACCUACCAGCAGUGA